UUUAUGUUGGUACGAAUAUCUGAAUAAGUAUCGUUGGUUGUUUGGCGCGAUAGUCAAAAUUGUCUUACCUUGCAGACGAUAUUUGUAAGCCAAGCAGCAAGUUUGUGAAAUUACAAUUAAUAAAAAUGGAUGACAGAACUGUGGAUUUAAUCUUUGCUGGAUCUCUCGAAAAUUUGCCUCCAGUCAGCUCUAAAAUAGUCAGAAUAUUUACAAGUUCCACAUUUACAGAUACAACAAUGGAAAGAAAUACUUUAAUGGCGCAAUGUUAUCCAAAAUUAAAAGACUUUUGUAGAGAAAAACACGGAUUAGAAUUUCAGGUAGUUGAUAUGAGAUGGGGAGUUCGAGACGAAGCCACUGAUGAUCAUAUGACUACAGAACUAUGCAUGAAAGAAAUAGAAAAUUGUCAAAGAUUAUCAAUGGGACCAAAUUUUGUAGUAUUUCUUGGUCAAAAAUAUGGUUACCGUCCUAUACCAACAUAUAUCAUUUCUUCGGAAUUGGAGCUUUUAAAAGAAGAAUUAUUUAAUUGUGGCUCAGAUGUUUCUCUUCUUGACAUGUGGUAUAGAAAAGAUAGUAAUGCCGUUCCACCUGUGUCAGUUUUACAACCUAUUUCAUCAAUUUUAAUUAAUUUUAACAAUAAACGAAUACCAAAACUUCAACAACAAGACCAAGCAAUUUGGUGGGACACCUUAUCUAAAAUGCAAAAACUCUUUAGGAAAGCAUCCAUAAGCUUAUAUAAUUGUGAAAAAAUUGAUAAAGAUACUAUGCACAACUAUUACAUGUCAGUUACCGAAAGAGAAGUUAUAAACGGAAUAUUAAAAGUAAAAAACACGAAAAAUCAUUGUCUUGCAUAUGUACGUUAUAUUAACAAUAUCAACCUUCAAAAUCUUAAAAAAGCAUCCAAUUUUCUGGAUAUAGUCAACCGUAGUAUUGACACUGAAGCAUCACGAUUAUUGACUGACUUGAGAGAUGAACGAUUGGUGCAAAAGAUCGAAACUACUAACUAUCAAAAGUACUCUGUAGAAUGGAUAGGCAGAGAAGGUUUAGAUAAUGAAACUCAUCAAGAAUACUUACAAAAUUUUAUCAUGCAUUUUUAUAAGAAUAUUACCAAAUUGGUUGAUAGAGCCAUGAGAAAAGAAGAUUCUAGUCCACAAGGUCAAAUAGUUACAGAAAUUCUACAACAUUUACACGCCUGUCAUAAUUCAGUAAAAGUGUUUUAUGGUAGAGAAGAUAGUUUAACUCAAAUUGAAAGUUACAUGAAAAGUGAUUGUGAAAAGCCAAUAAUACUUUAUGGUGAAGGAGGUUGUGGUAAAACAUCAUUAUUAGCAAAAGCUGCUGAUCUUAGUUAUUCGUCUUGGUUUUCUAAAACUGCAACGAAACCAAUUUGUGUAGUAAGGUUUUUAGGAACAACUCCAGAUAGCAGUACAUUAACACCAGCGCUAAUAUCUAUAUGCCAGCAAAUAUCCUACAAUUACAUGUUACCAUUUGAUGAUAUACCUGAUGAUCUAGUACCGUUAACGGCACAUUUCAAACAUUUAUUAACAUAUGCGACUAAAAAACAACCUUUGGUUUUAUUUUUAGAUUCAGUAGAUCAACUUACUGGUACUCAAGACACAAAUAAUGUGUCUUGGAUACCAACCAGAUUGCCAAAUAAUUGUAAAUUACUAGUAUCAGUAGCUAAAGAAGAAGGAAAUACAAUUGUAUCUCGAGACUAUCAUGUACUACGAAGAAUGAUUGACGACGAGAAACAGUUUAUUGAAGUUACAGCUCUUGGUGAAGAACUUGCCGAAGAAGUAAUCAGAAAAUGGAUGGAAACGGCUCACCGUGAUUUAACGAACUGUCAAUGGAGACUGGUAUCAAAUGCUAUCAAUCAAUGUUCUCUACCUAUUUUUGUUAAGCUUGUAUUUGCAGAAAUCUGUCGUUGGCGCAGCUAUACUAAAUCACAGGAAACUCAUUUGGCAUCAAAUGUAAUGGACUCGAUCAUGAUGCUCUUUGAGAGAAUUGAAAAACAACAUGGACGAUUAUUAGUAUUUCACGCCUUAGCUUAUAUAACGGCAUCUAAAAGUGGUUUAUCAGAAUCAGAGCUUGAAGACUUAAUUUCAUUGGACGACAAAGUUUUAGAUGAUGUUUAUCAAUAUCAUUUGCCACCUGUCAGAAGAAUUCCUCCUUUACUAUGGACGAGGAUUCGUAAUGAUUUGCCAAAUUAUCUAUCUGAAAGAGAAGCUGAUGGUGUUAGUGUAUUGAAUUGGUAUCACAGACAGUUCAGAGAUGCAGCACGAGAAAGAUACUUUAAAAAUAUGAAUAUGGUGACAUAUUUUCAUUCCUCUAUCGCAGAUUAUUACUUAGGAAUCUGGGGUGGUGGCAAUCCUAAACCUUUCAAGUUCACAGAAAUCCAAAGACAUAGAUUUAAUUUACAAAAUAAAGAAGGCUCAGCUGAUAGAAAGGUUCCAGUCCAACCAUUAGUUUUUUAUUCAAAAGAGGGUAUUGUUACAAGAUACAAUUUAAGAAAAUUUGGAGAAUUGCCUUAUCAUCUAAUUAGAGCUCAUCGGUUUCAAGAUUUAUACAAAAAUGUACUUUUCAACUACCGUUGGCUUCAUGCAAAAUUAUCUUCAUGUCCUUUACAAGCCGUACUAAGCGAUUUUGAAGAUGCCUGUGCAAAUAUUGAUGAUCGAGAUGCGACAAGUCAAGAAGACUUGAAGGCAAAACAAAGAGAAUUGAUUCUUGUUGCUGAUGCACUAAGAUUAGGAGGAGCAAUACUAAGUGAAUUUCCUGAUAUGCUUGCUCCUCAGUUAAUUGGAAGACUAUUGCCGGAAAUUGGUGCAAACCCAAAUAUAAAAAGCUUAUUAACAGAAUGUGAUCAAUUUGGACCAGAAAACUGUGCACUUAUACCAUACUACCAUUGUUUGCAUACUCCAGGUGGCCCUCUUAAAUAUUCUCUCGAAGGCCACCAAUUCGCCGUGUUUGAUUUUCAAGUAACAUCCGAUUACAGAUACAUAGUUUCAAUUUCAAAUCGUUUUAUAACUUGGGAUUUAUCAACUAGUGACAUGACACGUAACGUUAACCCUGGGUUAGAAGGAAUUAUGCAAUCAUUGUGUUUAAGUCCAGAUAAUCGUUACGCUGCUGCAUAUACAAAUAAUAACCAGAUUGUCCUUUUAAACUGUUUAACAAGUGAAUUUAUUGUAAUUGAAAAUCCAUUCGAUAAUGGAAAGAAUGUUACUGGUGUUAAUAUGCUGAAUACACACUUAUUUGUUCAUGAAUCAUCUUUAUUGCUUAGAUACGAUUUAAGAGGAAAUUUAGAAUCAAGAGAACAAGUUAAUGAAGAAGUUGAGAAAUGGACUUUGAUGUCAGUAGAAUUCACAACAUUGACUUUUAGUCAUUUUAUAUAUUGGUCGGGUAAAAUAGACGAAACAAGGAUGAUGUUACGAACAAAUUUAGAAAGCAAUAAUUGUUUCCCGUUGUAUUUUCAUAGUGCUAUGGCUAUAGUCAAAAAUAAAUAUAAAUUGUAUUGUUGUUCAAUUGAUAAAUCAUUUAAUGUAUCUCAAUUCGAUUUUGUUAAUAACUCAUGGACUUUUGUAAAAAAAUUACCUUGUGUUACGAAUAGUGUAAUUCUUCAACUAAAAUUGUCUGAAGAUGAAUUAUUACUCUUGGGCACGACAUCGAAUGGGUUUUGUGUUUGGGACUUAUCAUUAAAUAAUACAAAAAUAUUGUUUUUACCUCAUGGAGUUCGAAAUAUUACAAUAAAUAUGAUGCAAUCAAACUCUUGCAUGUUGUCGUCUGAUAAACGUUUUCUAAUUGCUGGAGUUCGAAAAAUGUUGUAUAUUUGGCAUAUGGAAACUGGCGAUUUAAUAAAAGUAUUAGAUGCACACUUUGGACGCAUAAUAUCACUGUUGCCAUUAACUACUGGAAAUUGGAAUUCGGCUAUAACAUCCUCGAUUGAUAGAUCAGUGAAAGUUUGGAAUAUUAAUAAUAUAUUUGAACAAGUUCACGUUAUAGAUCGACACGAGUUGCAAAUUGAUUCUAUAAGUUUAUCGCAGUCAUCUAGAUUAGCAGCGACAGUUACUCGAGGUUGUGUUGGAAUUUGGGACAUAAAUACAGGAAAACUAGAACAACAGUUGGCAGAUAAUUUAUUAGGAGCUAUUGUUACACACGCUUUAAUUACACCAAAUGGUAGAUAUAUUAUUUGUUCAGAAUCGGGAAAUGUAAUCAUUUGGAAUAGGUUAUUGUGCCAAGUGAUUUUUAAACAACAAGAGCCCAGAAUACAACAAAUUAUGUUUUUGGAUGAAGCAACAAAAUUUCUUAUCGUUUCGAGGAAAGAAGACGCUAAUGUUGAAACACAACAAACUAUAGAUGCUAAAGUUGUAGUAAGAUCUAUUCCUGAUGGUCAAACUCUCUAUUCAUUCGUCUAUCAAAUGCGCAAUGUAACUGGAGUGGAGUUUAAAAAAAUUGUGGUGACUGCUGAUGGUUCAAAUUUGAUUGUUUUGGUUAACGAUAAAGGUCAUCGAGAUACUUUGCAUGUUUACAAUGCAUCUGAUGGUCAAUUUAUUAAUAAAAUUAUUCUUCGACAAUCUGGAAUGAAGGAUAUCAUGUUUAUUGUGGCAAUGCCACAUAAAGCAAAUUUAGUCGCUGUAAUCAAUCCCGAUAAAGGAAUGUUAUUUGACAUACGCACAAAAAAAUUUGUUAAGUCUAUUCCAAAAUGGGGAGGAUUUUGCACGCGCGAUGGAAAGUAUGGUCUCUAUGCGCCGACGCGUGGAGGUUUAGAACUUAUUGAACUUAAAAAAGGAAACUCCAUAAAAACAUUUAUACCCAGAGUUGCCGAAGGAGUAUUUACGGUCAUAUGCAUGUUCAAUAAAACUGAUGAAUAUGUUUUAUAUUACCACAGUGGAAAAAAGACAUUGCGAGUAUUUCGUCUUGAGGAUGCCAAAAUGUUGGCUAACUAUCGGGUACCAGCAGAAUUGAGUGCUAUUGAUACAACAGAAGACGGACAUGCCGUCGUUAUAGCUACAGUGGACGGAUGUCUUUCUGUACUUGCCAUAGCCGAUCCAAAUAAAGAGUCAUUUUUAUCAACUUUGCCAUCGAGAGAUGAAACCUGGAAAAAAAAAUUGGACAAACAACGUAAUUCCAAAUUAUUUAAAGCUGCUGCAACUAUUUCAAAACUAUGUGUAUCUUCAAACUCUCAUGAUGAAAAUGGAAUUGAUAAUACCAAAAUCCAAUCAACAUCAAAUAUAUUACUAAAAGGAUAAAAAAUAUUCUCUAUUAUUUAUUUAAAAUUAAUUUAACUAUUUAACAUUCAUUUAAAAUUUAUUUGUUAUAGAAACAUUUUGUUUGAAAUUGAGUUAUUUAUAUUGUAUAACUCAAAUUGAAUAUAUAAAUUAUAUUGUAAUAUUAAACAUUUUUUAUAAGUUAUAGGUAAACACUUAUUUUCUCUUUAAUUAUAACUGCUCUCA